AUGUCUCCCCCAUGGGCAGUGGGAGGCGCACACCACCCCCCAGCGCUGGCGGGUGCUUGCCAUCUGCCGUGCGUCAUCUCCCACGCGGGUGGCCAGCGGGCGCCUGUCAUCUUACAUGCAGGCAACUGGCAGUGCACGCCAUCUUGUGCGCGGGCAGCCGGUGGGGGUGGGUGCACACCAUCCCCCAGCGUGGGCAGCCGGCGGGUGUACAUCAUCUCUCAGUGGAUGAGCGUCAUCUCUCUAUGGGCACGUGUCAUCUCUCUGUGGGCGCGAGUCAUCUCGUGCACAGGCAGCCAGCAAUUGUGCACCAUCCCCCAGCGCGGGCGGCCAGCCGGCGCGAGCCAUCUCCCAUACGUGCAACUGGCAGGUGGCGCCACUGGCUCCGUUAACGUCAUCGGACCUCUAUGCCAGGACGGGCCCAGAAACCGGAAGCGGAAGUGCGGCUCCCGGCCCACCAGCCAUGUUUGGUUGUGUCUCAGCGCCGUCGGGAGGCAAAGUGUGGUUUCCAGACCGGCAGCGUCGGAAGCGCAGAGUCCCCGGGGCCUCCUGGCAGCUCAGGGUCUGAGUCCAAAUGCCCGGGUCCCACCCCCUCCAGGCUGCGCCGCCCUGGCUCGCCUUUGUUUUCUGUACCGCUGGGCAGACAAGGAUACAGUGGAUUCAGUGAUCAUUGAGGAUGUGGCUGUGGACUUUACCCAGGAAGAGUGGGCUUUGCUGGAUCUUGCUCAGAGGAAACUAUACAUAGAUGUGAUGAUGGAAACCUUCAUAAACCUGGCAUCUGUAGUUUCUCGAAACUUUAGUGAUGGAGAAAAGUUAUCCAGUGAACACACCGUAGUGCGAAUCAUGAAGAAUGACACCUGGUCCUCCAUGUUAGGAGAAAUCUGUGAAUUGCAUGGCAUUGAAGAUCAGCAUAACAGCCAGGGGAGUUACUUGAGAAGGCAUAUGGUAGAGAACCUCCAUGAAAAUAAGGAACGUAAUCAAUGUGGAAAAUCCUUUGGUCAGAUUCCAAAGCUGCUCAAAAGAACUCCUACAGGGGUAAAUCCUUCUGAAAGCCUUGAAUAUGGAGGCUCCUUCAUUGAUCAUUCAUCAUAUAGGCAUUGUAUCGUACCUGAAACUGGAUGCAAUACCUAUCAGUGUAAGAAUUAUGAAGAAGCGUAUGGCUAUCCUUACUUAAGCACUCCUGUGAAUCAUCUAAGUGCAGAGAAACUCCAUGAAUUUAACCAAUAUGGAGGAAAUUUCUGUAACCAAUAUGGAGGAAAUUUCCCAUCCUUUCAGACACCUGUGAAAGCUCGUAAGGGUGAAUAUAAAGAAUGUUGGAAAACCUGUCCUUCAUCACUUAGUGUGAAAAAAAGUCACAGCGGACAUAAACCUUACGAAUGUAAGGAAUGUGGUAAAGCCUUUCGUCAUUCCUCAGCCCUCAUUACACAUAUAAGAACUCACAGUGGAGAGAAACCUUAUGAAUGUAAAGAAUGUGGGAAAGCCUUUAGUGAUCCUUCGUCUCUCACUACACAUUUGAGAAUUCAUAGUGGAGAGAGGCCUUAUGAAUGUAAAGAAUGUGGGAAAGCCUUUACUAAUUCCUCAGCCCUCACUAGACAUACUAGAACUCACAGUGGAGAGAGACCUUAUGAAUGUAAGGAAUGCGGGAAAGCCUUUAGUGAUUCCUCGUCCCUCACUACACAUAUAAGAACUCACAGUGGAGAGAGACCUUAUGAAUGCAAGGAAUGUGGGAAAGCUUUUACUAUUUCUUCAUCCCUCACUACACAUAUACGAACUCACAGUGGAGAGAGGCCUUAUGAAUGUAAGGAAUGUGGAAAAGCCUUUACUGGUUCCUCUGCUUUCACUACACAUGUAAGAACUCACAGUGGAGAGAGGCCUUAUGAAUGUAAGGAAUGUGGGAAAGUCUUCAGUCAGUCGUCAUCUCUCAUUACACAUAUACGAACUCACAGUGGAGAGAGGCCUUACGAGUGUAAGGAAUGUGGGAAAGUCUUCAGUAAUUCCUCAGCCCUCACUACACAUAUACGAAUUCACACUGGAGAGAAGCCUUAUGAAUGUGAAGAAUGUGGAAGAGCCUUUAGUCAUUUCUCAAACCUCACUAAACAUAUAAGAACACACAGUGGAGAGAAGCCUUAUGAAUGUACAGAAUGUGGGAAACUGUUUAGUCGUACCUCACACCUCAUCAGACAUACAAGAACUCACAGUGGAGAGAGGCCUUAUAAAUGUAAAGAAUGUGGAAAAGCCUUUACUGACUCCUCAUCCCUCACUAGACAUAAAAGAAUUCACAGUGGAGAGAGAGUUUAUGAAUGGAAGGGGUAUGGAGAUGCCUUUAUUCAGUCUUCAGUCCUUAAUGAACAUCCUUAA